UGCAUCCGAGGGACGGGACGGUGCUCCCCUGCGAGAACUGCUCUUCGCUGCUCGCCCCGCGCAGUGAUACCCGCAGGCCCGCCCCACCUGCCUCCGCUCAGGCCCUACAUAAAAGGAUACAUGUUCACUUCAAGUAGAAAGGAGCAUGUUCCCAAAUUCUUCCAACUUGGGUCGUCCACCCUUUCCUCCAAAAUAUCAACAACAGAGUACUUUCUUCACUAAACUUCCUCUAAAUAUGCCUCCUACUUUUGUGUCUCACCAGCAAAUUGUCAUUCCUCCGUUUCAUCUUCACAGUGCAGUUCUUUCUAGAGCUCUUUUGAGUGGGAAUGUUGAAACUACUCCAGCUGCUACUCCAGCUGUUACACUGCAACCAGUGACUUAUGGAAGUGUUAGUCCAGUGUCUACACCAGAUGCCCUGACGUCAUUUCAAGGAAGAAAGAGACAAAGUCAACAGAGUGUUCCAGAUGACGCCAAACGGCAGCGGAUUCAUUCACACGAUUCUGAUACAGCUGUAGUUAACCAAGCAGUGCCUUUGCCAAAAGAACGUAGACGCUCCUUCCCAGCAUCAGUUUCAGUUCAGUCUCCAGUGGUGCAUGCGAGUGGCUCACCAGGUUUAAUUGGAUGGGUCCCUCCUUUGCAAGAUACUUUGUUUCCAGAUCCUACAGAAAUCAGGCUCCCUGUUGCCAAGGACGAGUUAAGUAAACAGAUUUUGGAGUUGUUUCAAGCAUGUCGACAACAGGCCAUUGAUUUGGACAGAAAAGAGCUUUGCAGAACAGAACUCCAGAGAGAAAUUCAGCUCAUUUUUCCACAGAGCAGACUUUUUUUGGUUGGGUCCUCACUAAAUGGAUUUGGCACUCGUACUAGUGAUGGUGAUUUGUGCCUGGUGAUUAAAGAAGAGCCAGUGAAUCAGAAGACUGAAGCAAGACGUAUACUCAGCUUUGUCCAAAAACUCUUCAGUACUAAACUUUCAAGCUACAUUGAGCGACCUCAGCUGAUCAGAGCAAAAGUGCCAAUAGUGAAAUUCAGGGAUAAAGUCAGCAAUGUGGAUUUCGACUUGAAUGUAAACAAUGUGAUAGGUAUAAGAAAUACAUUCCUUCUGAGAAGCUAUGCAUUCAUUGAGAAUCGAGUUCGUCCAUUAGUACUUGUUAUUAAGAAGUGGGCACGUUUUCAUGAGAUAAAUGAUGCCAGUCGUGGUACUUUAAGCAGCUAUAGUCUUGUGUUGAUGGUUUUGCACUAUUUACAGACCUUACCUGAACCCAUCCUUCCAUCCCUCCAAAAAAAUUACCCAGAAUGUUUUGAUCCUACUAUGCAGUUGCAUUUUGUUCAUCAAGCGCCACGUACCAUUCCUCCUUACGUCUCAAAAAAUGGAUCAAGCCUUGGAGAUUUGCUAAUAGGCUUCUUCAAAUAUUAUGCCACAGAAUUUGAUUGGAGCCAUCAAAUGAUAUCAGUUCGUGAAGCCAAGGCUAUUGCAAGACCUGAUGGUAUUGAAUGGAGAAACAAAUUUAUUUGUGUAGAAGAGCCCUUUGAUGGGACAAAUACUGCUAGAGCUGUACAUGAGAAACAGAAGUUUGAUAUGAUCAGAGGUGAAUUUGUACAGGCUUGGCGGUUAUUACGAGAGAAGAAAGACCUGAACUGUAUAUUGCCCUUAAAACCAGUCAAACAGAAAAGAUAACUGGCUUCUUUCAUUUUCCCUUUUUUUUGGAUCCUGCUGAAAUAAAGAACAGUGUCAAAAUCAAGAGGCACUCACCCCAUGGUUUUUAUGACCUGUUUUUCUCUGUAAACUUUUGUUAAGGAAAUGUUUAUAAGGAUGUGGUAUAUUUUAUUAUCAGUAUUUGUUAAUGCAACUCUUCAAGAUACGAUUUCUGAAAAUGCUUGCAUUGUUGAUUUCUAGAAGAAACUCACAGCAAACAAGAAGAAUACAUCUAUUUUAAGGAAAGUAUGGGGAUAUACUGACUUGUUUCUUGUGUGAUCUGUGUAGCCGUUAUUUCAGACAGAUUUAAUCAUGAAAGAUAGACAUUCAAAGUUAAACCAUGUGCAAAUUGACUACAUUCUUAAGGCACUGUGCACUACCAACUUCUUGAUGAACAGAGUCUGUGCUUUACACCUGCUGAAUUGCAGUAAGCACUUCUGCUCAACUUAGCACUUUCCAGUUUUAUUUCACUUUUACUUGGAAUAACAAGCAACUGUUUAUGAAAAUGAAGCUAGAUUAUAGUUGGUAGUACUCUGAAUAUCAAGAACUAUUAUCUAAUCCAAAAUUUUCAAGCAACAGUUGUCCUAUGAAGAAGUGGAAGUAAAAAAGCUCAAUUCAAUGCACAUAAAUGCUUCACAUUCACACAGAGUAGGUAGGAAAAUUUUUUGUGCUUCCGUUUACGUAUUUGAAGUAAUAGUGGUGCCUCUUUUGGAGAAAAAGACCAAAUCAAAAUCAAAACACCUCACAUCAGUGCUAAAAUAAGCUGGGCUUCUUAUUUGAUUUUGUGUAAAUGUUUGUGAAUUGAUCAGCCACUGUAAAUUGAAUCUAAGUAAGUAAUAUUGAAAAGUAUAGCUCUUCCAAAAAAAUUGCA